AUGAUGUAUUGUUAUUUAUCCUGGGUUUUCGUAUGUAUUGCUGACAGCGAGCAGUCCUAUCCCUCGCCGUUGAAUUAUAACCACUUCCCGAAAUUCGUGUGCACCGUACUGGAUGAAGACGUCACACUAUACCAUGGUGGCUAUCACGGUAACGUGAACAUUGGCAAGAAGGCCAAGGCCGAUGCGGAUUCAGUGCGAGCAGUUGACUCCACACGGGAAUGUCUCGACAGCUCCAUCGAACUGGUGAAAUCGGGAGCUCUUUUCAGGGCCUACGUAGAUGCCAUAGACACGCAUGCAGCGUCGUAA